CAGAUGUGGCCCACACCCAUUUGAGGGAGGGAGAGAAAAAAACACAUUGCGCAUGGGUCUCCAACUUAACACUACUGUCAACUUAACAGCAAAGCAGUUGCACAAAUUCAUCAAGGAAAGGGAGUUAACGGAAAACGUAUUGCUUGACUUGGAAUUGCACUGACUGACAUCAUCAUGAAGGCAUCAACCACAGCAGGUCCAGCAAUAACCAUGACAUCGCCAGAAUCCUUCGAACAAGGAAUCAUUGAGGUCGUCACCCAUCUGGUCACACAGAAUUUCACAGAACACUUCACACAACCCUUCAGAGCUGGAGUUCUGACAACAACUUCUGCAGAUAUGACUGAAACAAACUCAGACGCUUUUUUAGUGAGAGCCGCCCACGUAGAGGAUGGAUCCUUUGAAGCCAUUUUCGGAGGAGUCAUUUUUGCCCUGCUCCUGGCGCUGCUCCUGGCGUUGCUGGUACUGCGCUACAUUGUCAAGCAUAAGGGCACUUACCACACCAACGAGGCCGACUGUGGUGAUUCUGUUGACAAGUAUGGCGGUGACUCUCAAAGCGAGCAGGUUCAACUAGAGAUUUUGGACAAGGAAGAAUAGAAAGAAGGAUACUUCAUUUGAAACAGGAUCUUGUUCCAUUUCUAAACCAGGGCCAAUAUUUUCCAUGGAAUUGGAAAUGCCUAUGAUGGUCAUCUACAACCAUCUCAGCUCUGCAGAUUUUGCUACGAAGAGACAAAAUAAUUAGAUCACUUAUUUUUGUAUUGCCCAUAUAGUAUAUACACUAUAUAUGCAAAAGUAUGAGGACACCCCUUCAAAUUAGUGGAUUGGCUAUUUCAGCCUCAUUACAGCCUUAUUCUACAGCUUUAUUUCCCUCAUCAAUCUACACAAAAUCUCAUAAUGACAAAGCAAAAACAGUUAUUUAUCCAUUUUUGCAAAUGUAUAUAUUUUUUUACUGAACUAUCACAUUUACAUAAGUAUUCAGAUCCUUUACUCAGUACUUUGUUGAAGCACCUUUGGCAGUGAUUACAGCCUUGAGUCUUCUUGGGUAAGACACUACAAGCUAGGCACACCUGUAUUUGGGGAGUUUAUCCCAUUCUUCUCUACAAAUCCUCUCAAGCUCUGUCAGGUUGGAUGGGGAGAGUUGUUGUACAGCUAUUUUAAAGGUCUUGGGUUCAAGUUCGGGCUCUGGCUGGGCCACUCAAGGAUGUUCAGAGACUUGUCCCAAAGCCACUCCUGCAUUGUUUUGGCUGUGUGCUUAGGAUCGUUGUCCUGUUGGAAGUUGAACCUUCAAGCCAGUCUAAGGUCCUGAGUGCUCUAGAAAAGGUUGUCAUUAAUGAUCUCUCUGUACUUUGCUCAGUUCAACUUUCCCACAAUCCUGACUCGUCUCCCAGACCCUGCCACUGAAAAAUAUCCCCAAAACAUGAUGCAUCAUGCUUCACCGUAGGGGUGGUGCCAGGUUUACUCCAGGCGUGACUCUUGGCAUUCAGGCCAAAGAGUUCAAUCUUGGUUUCAUCAGACCAGAGAAUCUUGGAGAAUCUCAUGGUCUGAGAGUCCUUUAGGGGCUUUUAUUGGGCAAACUCCAAGCGAGCUGUCAUGUGCCUUUUACUGAGGAAGGGCUUCCGUCUGGCCACUCUACCAUAAAAGCCUGAUUUGUAGAGUGCUGCAGAGAUGAUUGUCCUUCUGGAAGGUUCUCCCAUCUCCACAGAGCAACUCUGGAGUGCUGUCAGAGUCACCAUCCGGUUCUUGGUCACCUCCCUGACCAAAGCCCUUCUCCCCCGAUUGUUCAGUUUAGCCGGGCGACUAGCUCUAGGAAGAGUCUUGUUGGUUCCAAACUUGUUCCAUUUAAGAAUGAUGGAGGCCACUGUGUUCUUGGGGACCUUCAAUGCUGCAGAAAUGUUUUGGUACCCUUUCCCAGAUCUGUGCCUCGACACAAUCCUGUCUCGGAACUCUAUGGACAAUUCCUUCGACCUCAUGGCUUGGUUUUUGCUCUGUCAUGCACUGUCAACUACAGACAGGUGUGUGUCUUUCCAAAUCAUGUCCAAUCAAUUGAAUUUAUCACAGGUGGACUUCAACCAAGUUGUAGAAACAUAUCAAGGAUGAUCAGUGGAAACAGGAUGCACCUGAGCUCAAUUUCGAGUCUCAUAACAAAGGGUCUGAAUACCUAUGUAACAUUAGAGUGUCUAGUUUGAGAAACAAACGGCUCACAAGUCCUCAACUGGUAGCUUCAUUAAAUAGUACCAGCAAAACACCAGUCUCAACCUCAGUGAACCAGUGAAGAGGUGAAUCCGUGAUGCUGGCCUUCCAGGCUGAGUUGCAAAGAAAAAGCCAUAUCUCAGACUGGCCAAUAAAAAGAAAAGAUUAAGAUGGGCAAAAGAACACAGACACUGGACAGAGGAACUCUGUCUAGAAGGCCAGCAUCCCAGAGUCGCCUCAUCACUGCUGAUGUUGCUCAGUUGUUCACCAGGGCCUCCCACUCCUCUUUCUAUUCUGGUUAGAGACAGUUUGCACUGUUCUGUGAAGGGAGUAGUACACAGUGUUGUAAGAGAUCUUUAGUGUCUUGCAAUUUCUCGCAUGGAAUAGCCAUAAUUUCUUAGAACAUGAAUAGACUGACGAGUUUCAGAAGAAAGUUAUUUUUUUCCGGACAUUUUGAGCCUGUAUUCAAACCCACAAAUGCUGAUGCUCCAGACAUUCAACUAGUCUAUUGAAGGCCUGUUGUAGUGCUUCUUUAUCAGAACAACAGUUCUCAGCUGUGCGAACAUAAUUACAAAAUAGUUUUCUAAUGAUCAAUUAGCCUUUUAAAAUGAGAACCUUAGCUAACACAACGUGCCAAUGGAACACAGGAGUGAUUGUUGCUGAUAAUGGACCUCUGUACGCCUAUGUAGAUAUUCCAUAAAAAAAACACUUCCAGCUACAAUUAUCAUUUACAACAUUAACAAUGUCUACUCUGUAUUUCCGAUCAGUUUGUUAUUUUAAUGGACAAUUUUUUUUUUUUGCUUUUCUUUCAAAAACAAGGAAAUUCUAAGUGACCCCAAACUUUUGAACGGUAGUGCAUGCUCAAAGUAUUAACAUCCCAAAAUACUGUAUUGGUGACGAAAUGUGGUCAAGUUUAUGUUGAAGAUAAUGCAUGUCUGUUGUUUUAUCACAUGAAAAUGCCAUUCGAUAAAGUGUGGGUAUGUAUCAAGCUACACAUUUGAUACAUUUUCACAGUCAUGGAUUAAAUCGGACAAACUUUUUUUCCCAAUUCAGAGUUUACUUGUACACCCAGUCGAAAAAUCGGAUUAUUCAACACAACAUCUGGGUUCAGGAAACCAAGAUAUAGGGGCAAAUGUUUGCACUUCAAUAGUGUGUGUUAAUGAGAUUUAGAAGCUUAUGGAGGAUUUUGUGUUUUCUAUUUUCAUCAAGCUAGAAUAGAGCGAUGCAGUGCCCGAGGCUGCUAAAGGGCAGUUCUGAAUCCUUGAGUAGCGCCAGGCAGCGCUAUGUGGGUUUAAUGCAAUUCCAACAACCCCAGAAACAUUCCUGCAGAGCUGAGCCAGCACACUUUGCAAAAAACCAUUGUGCCUCUGGGAAAUCAUUUUACUCUAAUUGCAUAUUAUUCUUGGUUGGGAUACAAGACAAUACAAGCCAAUCUCAAGAUCAUACAUCACCUGAUCUACGAGCUGGCAAAGAGCACUUACUUUUGGCCAUUUGAUUGCAAGUUGAAAGUAUUUAUUUCCAUUUGUCUUCCUAAUCAAAGUAUGGGACAAUUUCUAACCUUUCUCCAAACAGAGUUUUCCUUCAAUUCUCUAAUCAAGUCCAACUUCAAAGCCAGUGACUCAGCGUGUUUGAGUGCAGUAGCUCGAGUGCUCUGUCUGAUUGAGGUAAAGACAAUAACGCCAUUGAGACAUCCAUCCAACUGCCGUCCUCACCGACAACAUAUCAAAUCCUAUUGAUCAGGGAGGAAAACACUUACAAAACAAGUGCCCCAAAUGGCACCCUAUUUCUUAUUUAGUGCACUAGGCUACUUUUGACCAAGGGCCCUAUGGGGGAAUAGGAUGCUAAAUAGGGAAUAGGGACUCGGCCGUGACUUCAGCAGGGCCACUGACACCUCUCAAGGAGAUUAACAACUUUUCUAAAAGAGUCAUUCCAGGGUCACUGAAGCCAUAGCCUGGCCUAGACAGCUAAACACAAGCACCAGGCGCUUGAAAGGCAAUCAUCAGGAAGUCAGCCUUGCAACCAGCAACCAGCCGCACUUCACGUUCAAUGUAUUUUUAUUAUUAGGAAUCAAAUAACAGUUCAAAAGACACCCAUCCUGUUCUCUCUUGCAAUUGUAUCCCAGCUUUCCUCCUGGCCUUGGUGCGCGGAGAACAUACUGUUUUUAUGGCGACAAUAAGCCAUACUUUGAUAUGGCCCUGAAGGCAUCAACAUAAAUUCAUUUCAUCUCGACUGCUCUGUGAAGCUUGAACAAUGGCAAAGCCAAAGCUGGUGACUUUUCCCAUCUCUUCUCCUUCUGUCGACAAAAUGGCAUAAAAUGCAAAUACAUGCUAGCAUUCUCUGUGGAUGAGCGCGGCAUGCGACUGUACUCUCCUAAAGACACCAACGAUGGAAACACAUAGAAUUUCUUUUGAACAAUGUAGCUACCUCACUCUCUUUGAGUUGUAGCUAAUUCCAGUAAAAGAGGAUACGGUACGUGAAUUAAUGAACGACUUGACUUGGAAGCCCAUGGUUCCAUAGUCUGAGUUGUGUAGAUUAUCGCCCUUGUUAAACAAUAGGCUAAGUCUUGUGUGCGUCCCAAACAGCACCCAUAGAGCUCUAGUCAAAAAUUGUGCCCUACAGAAUGUACAGGAAAUAGUCUGCCAUUUGGGACAGAGACCUGGAUGUGUUCAGACAAAGGAAAGAAGAAUGGGAACAGGAAACUCAUUGAAUCAUCUUGUUAGAAUAUCCCCAUGGCUUACAAUAGGCGCGGUCCCAAAUGCAACCCUAUUCCCUGGUCCCUGGUCAAAAGUAGUGCACUGCGUAGGGAUUAGGGUGUCAUUUGGGAUGCACUUUUUAAAGGUUCUGGGGCUCUUGAGAAAGGAGAGUUUUGCAUAAUACAGCAGCAAUAAAACAGAAAACGCUAAAUUCCAGCUCAUCCAAGUGUUGCUCUAGUCUAUUCUUCAGCGAAUAUCCUAUAAGCUAUAAUGAAGAUAUGUGACUUAGCCCCUGACAUGGCAAGCUUCCUAGGAGAAAGGACUUCCUUUCCAGACUCAAUUACUAUUUCAAUACGUUUCCGCUAUGGAUAUUGAAUAUUGCAAGAUAAGCAGUUCUCGCAAAAUUGCACAAAGUCUGCUUCGGAGUUUGUGUUAAGGCUUUUUACGCUUCUGUUCAAAGGUGCAUUGGGAAGGUUAUGAAGUACAUUUUUUGGGGGGGGGACAGGGUUACAGGAAUAAAUAAUCCAGUACCUGCCUGUGAAGACGGAUGCUACAUUGUUACAGCCAGGAAUAGUUUCUGCACUCAGCACUUCCCCAAAGAAGUGAAUGUCAAACUUGUGAAUGUCAAACUUGCAGAGAGAGGGGAUCCCCAACAGAGCAGCGUUAGAGAACUGUUAAACCAACUCAGUGUUAAAGAUGAAAUCGGCAUAAGGUGAAACAGUGACACUGUUCGCCCUCAGUGCAUUUGUCGUGAUUUUUGUUCUGCUGAUGAAAAGGAGGAGAGGAGCAAUCAGUAUCGUGGACCCAAAAAUAUUCCAGUACAUACUCUGUGUUCUAUCGCGCGUGGGGGGGGAACCGUGUUCGUUGUUUGAAGUAUCUUCUUCGUUGUUGUGAUAUAGCAAACGGACGCGGCCGUUUCACCGAGUACGAUUUCCAGCUUUAAAACAGUGUUCAACCAAUGCAGUGUUAAAGCAGUGUUCAACCAAUGCAGUGUUAAAACAGUGUUCAACCAAUGCAGUGUUAAAACAGUGUUCAACCAAUGCAGUGUUAAAACAGUGUUCAACCAAUGCAGUGUUAAAACAGUUUUUAGAAGAAUUCACAAGCUUGUAAUUGCAAAACUAGGCAGAAAUGCUGAAGAAACGUGAUUCAGAAAAGAGGGAACAAACGGUGUUAUGCUUUGAACUGCUUUUAAUUAAGUCUGUUCCUUUCUGUUUACUUUGAUGAAACAUUGUUUCCUUAUUAGGCUCACUGUACCAAAGAGAGCUGCAUCUCCAUAAAACUAAAGGGAACAUCAUCCCCGUUAAUAACUGUUACUAAUUUAUAUACCUAUAGUUUGGUUUUGAAAGAUUCAUACAACACAAGAACAGUACACUGCCCUCUGAUCCCAGAGAUCAUAAUAACCUUGUGUCUCACUCCCACUAUCCAACAUGCAUUUACUGUCCCCAAGGAGGCUGCCUGCCUGUUUGCCUGCCUACCUACCCGCCUUCUUGCCUAGCUGCCUGUGUGGCUGGCUUCCUGUACAGAUAGCCUAGCAGAGAGCCUGCCACUACCUGGCUGGCUCUCUGCCUGCCUGCCUCUCUGCCUUCCUAUCUACCUGCGUGUCUGCCUCUCUACCUGCCUGCCUCUCUGCCUGUGCCUUCCUCUCUGCCUGCCUGCCUGACUGCCUGCCUGCCUCUCUGCCUCUCUGCCUGCCUCUCUACCUGCCUGCCUCUCUGCCUGUCUGCCUUCCUCUCAGCAUGCCUGUCUGCCUGCCUGCCUCUCAGCCUCGCUGCCUGCCUCUCCGCCUGCCUGCCU